CACAGGGGCCCUGCGCCUUUAAAUCCUCAGCAGGUUAGGGCGGUGAGUGACAUCACUGGAAGCCUCCCGGGGAGCCGGGAGCCGGGGCCGGCCGAGCUGAGCCGCAGGAGCCAGCGGAACCCGAGUCGAGCCGAGCCGGGAGUCGGGAGCCGGGAGUCGGGAGUCGGGAGUCGGGAGUCGGGAGCCGGGAGUCGGGAGUCCGGAGUCGGGAGCCAGGGGCCGGGAGCCGGGAGCCGGGAGCCGGGAGCCGAUCGCUAGCACUCAUGGAGCAGCAGCGGCAGCAGCAGGGAAGCAGCGGGGGGCCCCGGAGGCCCGGCCGUCCGGCCCCUCCCCGGGCCGCCCCGGAGCCCGGCGGCCUGGCCAAGGAGCAGGCAGCCCCACGGCCCUUGGGACAGAGACCAAGGCCAGCACCCAUGGGACUGAGCCCAAAUCCACCAACCAAGGAGCAGAGGCCAUCUUUGUCUUCCACUGUGGAGCAGAGACCAGCCCUGUCCCCCAACUCGACUCUGGCCCCGGUGGGGCCCUGGCCAGCGACCACCUCCACGGGGCACCGGCCAUCUCUGACAUCCCUGGGACCCAGCCUGGCUCCAUCACCUGGGGAGCAGGGCCAGCCCCCUGUGUCCACGGGGCACCGGCCGUCUCUGACAUCCCUGGGACCCAGCCUGGCUCCAUCACGUGCAGAGCAGGGCCAGCCCCCUGUGUCCACGGGACCAAGGCCAUCUCUGACAUCCCUGGGACACAGCCUGGCUCCAUCACCUGGGGAGCAGGGCCAGCCCCCUGUGUCCACGGGACCAAGGCCAUCUCUGACAUCCCUGGGACACAGCCUGGCUCCAUCACCUGGGGAGCAGGGCCAGCCCCCUGUGUCCACGGGACCAAGGCCAUCUCUGACAUCCCUGGGACACAGCCUGGCUCCAUCACGUGCAGAGCAGGGCCAGCCCCCUGUGUCCACGGGACCAAGGCCAUCUCUGACAUCCCUGGGACACAGCCUGGCUCCAUCACCUGGGGAGCAGGGCCAGCCCCCUGUGUCCACGGGACCAAGGCCAUCUCUGACAUCCCUGGGACACAGCCUGGCUCCAUCACAUGCGGAGCAGGGCCAGCCCCCUGUGUCCACGGGACCAAGGCCAUCUCUGACAUCCCUGGGACCCAGCCUGGCUCCAUUACCUGGGGAGCAGGGCCAGCCCCCUGUGUCCACAGGACCAAGGCCAUCUCUGACAUCCCUGGGACACAGCCUGGCUCCAUCACAUGCAGAGCAGGGCCAGCCCCCUGUGUCCACGGGACCAAGGCCAUCUCUGACAUCCCUGGGACCCAGCCUGGCUCCAUCACCUGGGGAGCAGGGCCAGCCCCCUGUGUCCACAGGACCAAGGCCAUCUCUGACAUCCCUGGGACUCAGCCCGACUCCAUCAUUGGCAGGACCAUGGCCAGCAGCGCCCUCUCCUUCCUCCUCCACCUCCUCCUUCUCCUCAGCAGUGGAGAGCAAGCCUUUCCCGACACCCCCAGUGGAGCAGCACCAGCCGGUGUCAUCCUCCCCUUCUUCGGGGCAGAGGCAGGGUCCUGGAUCCUCAGGCUUAAAUCCAGGACCACCAACCAUAGAGCAAAGGCGAUCCUCCCCAUCUCCCCAGGGGCAGAGGGUGGCUCCAGCAUCCACAAGCCAUAACCCUGCUCUGUCCUGCCCCUUACUUUGUCCAGCUUCAUCACCAGUGGAGCAGAGACCUCUAUCACCCUCUGGAGAACCAUCUUGGACAUCCCUAGAGCCAGCCCCAGCUCCAUCAUCCAGGGAUUGGAUGCACUCUGAGCCCAGACUGACCCCCUCUUCUGAAAGACUCCCUGUACCCCGGCCCCAGGGCACAGGCGGAGCUGGCACCCCCUCACCAGCUGGGACUACCCACACCCUAAGCCAGACUUCAGCCAAUCCCUCCCUCUCUCUCUCCUUCCGCCCUCGGCCCGAAGCCCCCCGGAAUCCCAGUCCAGAGGACUCUCUCCUGCCCCGGCCACCCCAGGCCCUGCCACUCGACACAAGCCAUGGUCAGCAGGAGGCAGGGACCCGCUCUCCAGUCCUGCUGUCUCCUGUGUCACUGAAGCCAACGUUCCCCACCUCGACAGGAGGCCCCGUGGCCCUCCCGAAGCCACCCCCCUCCCCUAACCGCUCACCGAACCGUUCCCCGGGCACCAGCCAUGUUAAUGUGGCUGCACACUUGGGAGCCCCACCCCCUAAGCCUCCUGAAGCAUCCCCCUCUAAGACUAUCAUAAAUGGGACAAGCCCCAGUGGGCACAGGAGUGCUGCCCCCCCAGUCCAGGCCCCUCAGGCUCCCCUCCCUUCUUCCCCUUCUGGAUCAGCCUGGUCAGCACAGUCUACCUGCAAAGGAGACCCUGGCUUCCGGAUCACCAUAGUGACGUGGAACGUGGGUACCGCCAUGCCCCCUGACGAUGUCACCUCCCUCCUGCAUCAGAAUGGGGAUGACAGCGGCGGUUCAGACAUGAUAGCCAUUGGGCUCCAGGAGGUGAAUUCCAUGAUCAACCAACGACUCAAGGAUGCACUCUUCACUGACCAGUGGAGUGAGCUCUUCAUGGAUGCAUUGGGGCCCUUCAACUUCGUCAUGGUGAGCACAGUGAGGAUGCAAGGAGUGAUUCUUCUGGUCUUUGCCAAGUAUUAUCACCUGCCCUUCCUCCGGGACAUCCAGACAGACUGCACCCGGACCGGGCUGGGUGGCUACUGGGGCAACAAGGGCGGCGUGAGCAUCCGCCUCUCGGUCUUCGGCCACAUGGUCUGUUUCCUCAACUGUCACCUUCCUGCCCACAUGGACAAGGCUGAACAGAGGAAGGAAAAUUUCAUGACCAUCCUCAACAUGCAGCAGUUUGAGGGGCCCAUGGCGCACGGCAUCCUGGACCAUGACAUUGUCUUCUGGUUUGGGGACCUCAACUUCCGCAUCGAGAGUUAUGACCUGCACUUUGUCAAGUUCGCCAUUGAUAACAACCAACUACAGAAGCUCUGGGAAAAGGACCAGCUGAACAUGGCCAAAGGCUCCUGGCCGGUGCUCAGGGGUUUCCAGGAGGGGCCCCUCACCUUCGCUCCCACCUUCAAGUUUGAUGUGGGCACCAACUAUUAUGACACCAGUGCCAAGAAGCGAAAGCCUGCCUGGACGGACCGAAUCCUCUGGAAGAUCAAGGCACCAAGCGGGGGGCCGAGCCCCUCUGGCCGAGAGAGCCACCGGGUGCAGGUGACUCAGCAGAGCUACCGGAGCCAUAUGGAAUACACCGUCAGUGACCACAAGCCUGUGGCUGCCCUCUUUGUCCUGCAGUUUGCCUACAGAGAGGAUGUACCCCUGGUGAGGAUUGAGGUAGCGGAUGAGUGGCUGAGGCCUGACCAGGCAGUGGCUCGUUACCGUAUGGAGAGUGUCUUCUCACGAAGUUCCUGGGACUGGAUCGGCCUCUAUCGGGUGGGCUUCCGGCACUGCAAGGACUACGUGGCCUAUGUGUGGGCCAAGCAUGAAGAUGUGGACGGCACCACCUACCAGGUGACAUUCAGUGAAGAGUCACUCCCCAGGGGCGGGGGCGAGUUCAUACUGGGUUACUAUAGCCACAGCCAGAACAUCCUCAUCGGGGUCACUGACCCAUUCCAGAUCUCCCUGCCCGCUUCCGAUGAGGGCAGCAGCCCCACGGACAGCUCGAGGGCCAGCUCCGAGGGUGAGGAUGACAGCACCCUGGAGCUGCUGGGCCCCAAGUCCCGGAGCCCCAGCCCGGGGAAGAUGAAGAGACACAGAAGCCGCAGCCCGGGCCUGGCCAAGUUCCCCGGCCUGGUUCUCCGGCCUUCAUCCCGGGAGCGGGGGACGAGCCGCAGCCCCUCCCCACAGGGCCACCGGCCCCUCAAAUCCAGCGGCUCGGGGCUGAAAACAGGACCGAAGGCCAAGGAGAAGAAGGGAAAAGCGAGCUCGGGCCCCGAGGAAGACGAUCCACCCCUGCCUGAGAUACCCGGGCCCUGGAACUUUGCAUUGUCCAGCUCCCUGCCUCGGCCUGUGCCCCGCACCCUGGGCCUCCUGCCCUCCCUUCGGCUGGAGCCCAUCCUCGGCAGCCAGUGGCGCGCCGAGUCUGAGCAGGAGGACCAGAUCAGCCCCAAGAGCCCGAGCCACAGCCCUCGGAGCCCUUCACCCAGCCCCAAGAGCCAACCGGGGAUAGAAGAUGGGCCCUUGGGGCCCUGAGUGGGAGCCCAUCCCCAGGAAGCCACCAUCCCCAGUAGAGAGCCUGCUGUGUGACCACCCUCCCUCUCUGUGCUGCCUUUGCCUCUACCCCACCCAUGGCUCCUCCUCUGAGCCCUGCAGGCCAGCCAUCUGCCCAUGGGGAGGGCCAGGAGGGGCCCUGCACAAGUGUCGAGCUGGCCAGGGGUUACCUCCAUGCGCCAUCAUGAAGAGGGACCCCCCUCCCUCCAUCCUGGACCCUAACCUGUGACGAUCACUGCCCCCUUGCUUUCCCCAAGCCCGGCGCUGGGUGCAGGGGGGCUGGGGGCUGUGUACAGCCCCCAGCUGCCAGCCAUCAUCCUGAGGGUUGUUUAUUUGGAAAUAAACU